GGCGUCUCCUGAACUCACCAUGGCACCGCCACCCCGCCCUCCCUUUUCGGAGCUUCCGCUUGAUAAGAACGGUCCACCAGGAAAUGCGUGGGGUCUGUACGGUCCCGACGACGAGCUUGGUGCCCUCAACAUGAUCACACCUUCUGUCGUCAAAGCCGCUGCCCAGGAAAUCCAAACCGGCGACCGCGUGUCUCUGGACUGGUAUCUAAAUCUGCCAUCCCACCCGUCUUUCACACGACCGUCGUUUUCGUGGAAGAUGAAACCCUUUUUGUAUCCAGAUGGAACAAAGCGAGCUAUCAACGACGACCAUGUGGAUUUCAACACGCAGGGGAGUAGCCAGUGGGACGGCUUCCGACAUUACGGAUAUCAGAAGGCCAAGAAAUUCUACGGCGGACGCUCGCAGGAAGAACUUGAAACUUCAGAUGUCAUUGGUCUCGACCGUAUAGUCAACUCGGGUGGUAUCACGACUCGAGGCGUCAUCCUCGACUAUCCGCGCUAUCUUGAGAAGAAGGGCGAGAAAGAAGUGUAUUCCAUGGAAGGCAACAGCAUCUCCGCGGACGUGCUGAAGGAUAUGAUGAAAGAAGCGGGCGUCCAGCCAAGAGACGGUGAUUUGCUCUUACUCAGAACAGGAUUUACCCGGGAUUACUACAAGCUGAGUGCAGAAGAGCAGAAGGCACUCAGAGAUAGAACACCAGACUAUCUUGGCGUUCGAUCCGACAGAAAGAGCUUGCAGUGGCUUUGGGAAAGCGGAUUUGCAGCUGUUGCAUCCGACGCUGUUUCUUUUGAAAUGGCACCGAUAGCAGGUCCACACACUGCUCCCGGUGGCGUAUGGGCCAACGAGCCCUGGGAACAGGAGAUGCAAGGCGGCGGGUUGUUGCACCAAUGGAUGAUUGGUGGUUGGGGCGUCAUGAUUGGCGAGAUGUUCGAUUUGGAGGCUCUGUGUGAGAAGAGCGCCGAGUUGAACCGAAGCACAUGCUUUGUCAGCAGUGUGCCAUUGAAGGUACGUUAAAAAUCUCUCUUCCCUUGUUGUUGUUAUGGUGGAUAUGAG